AUGCUUGCAAGAAUUGAACCUCAUUAUUGGUGGCCAAAGAUGAAAGCAGAAGUAGAGAACUAUGCAAAAACGUGCCAACGCUGUGCUGCUACUCUUGCCCAGGGACAUAGAAAAGCACCUAUUCAUCAACGACCAAAAGAAGAGAAACCAUUUGCGUUGAUAGAAGUAGAUCUCAAGGGUCCAUUACCGAGAACGAAAGAGGGAUUUGACAAUAUUGUUGUGAUAACAGAUCCAUGUACAAAAUAUGCAGAGAUGCAUCCAAUUCGAGGACAAACCUUGGACCUUGUUUCAUAA